AUGCACUCACCUUUGUGUUGGUUGUGCAAUGCAAAUUUGCACAAGCACCGCCUCAAGAGGCAACACCAGGCCGCAAUUUGGAACGGCGGCGUUGUUGCGGCCGCCGACGGCACGCUCGGACUCCUUGGCCACCCAAAAAGUCCCGAAUUUUCGGCCGCUGACGGACAAAUUCGCGUUCGGCCACAUCAGCGACUUCAGACGAAGAAGACUGGCGCGAUCGUUAGCAAGUAUUUGGCCAAGCUGCCGCAAGGCACCGUUCUGCAGUCGAUUGAUUGCUUCUCGAGGGCGGUGGCGGCAAUGAAACUCGCCUUCUCCGCCAAUGGCUUCUUCGCCAUUGAUUGGGAGAUCCUAUUUUCGUCGGCCUCGGCGUGCACCGUCAACACGCUCAUUCUCAUCCAGUCUUACGUCAACAACAACCAACAAGUCGCCUUCGAAGCCGAGUAGCUUGGCAAUUUGAAAAUGACAAAAGUUAAAA